AUGAAAUAGUUUUCUUAAAAAGAGUUGGAAUCCAUUUAAAAGAGGUUCUCCGCAAUGUCAAAUAAUGGUUAAGUUAACUAUAAAUAAUUUUAAAACACUAUGGGUAUUUUGGGUUUGGAUCAUGCAACAUUUUUACUCGACAGGAUUUUCAAUGUAAUUAGCGAAGGAAAAAAAGUAUUCACCUUAAAUCAAUACAUUAAUUAUUUACAACUAGUGAUGUUUGGAAAUGAGCAAUAGAAGGCUCAAUUAAGCUUUGCUUUCAUAGAUUUAUAGAGAAAAGGGUAUAUUGAAUAUAAGGAAUUUCAAUAGAUGCUAUUGGAUUUAACAAUGUUUUGGAAUUAAAUCACGGGAUCAAGAGUAACUCCGAGGCAAUCAUACAUAGGGAAUUUAUGGGAUUAAUUUGAAUGUGAAAGGUUGGACUUUCCGCAAUUUUAUUAAAAGUACUAAAUAAUACAGGAAAGUAUUGAUUGGUACGAGUACUUUAAUGAAACAGAAAUUCUAUUGCAGAGUUGUCCAUAGGCAAACAAAGCGUUUAUCCUUUAGAAUAUGAUUGAUCAAUUGUAGAAUGAAAUAAGAAAUUGCGUUAAUUUACUAUCAGAUUACGAGAGGAAUAAAAAGCAGAUCAUAGAUGAGAGCUUUGUUUAUGGUCCGUGCAAUUUUAGUACUAGCUAAAUAGCAAAGAAUGGGGAUGAUGAUCCUAGUUUUGAAAUUAGUUUUUUGUCUAAUAUUCAAACUAAUUCGUUUAGUUUGACUAAUUCAUCCGAUCACCCCUUAGAUCAAGUAUUAAAUAGAUUGGAAUAUUUACAAUAAAUGAUUGAACAAGCAAUUAAUUUGCCUUAAGUUGUACAACCAUAUUAUUUUAAAAGUCCUGCUAGACUUAGCACCUAAAGAAAGAAGAAUACAAUAAUGAAUAUGCCAAAAAGAAAGGCAAAAUAAAAAUUGUCUGUCUAUUUUGGACAUGAAAAUUGGAAUCUGAUUUUAAAUUUAAUGAUAGGGAUGAAAUAAGCAUUAUCAAAUAUCCAACCUGAAUUUUAUGGUAAAAAUGCAUUGUAACACGAAUUUGCGGAGAGAUACGUUUAUGAUAUAUUAUAGAACAGAUGCAGCAAUUUCGAUUUUAGAAAGGCUUAUUAAUUUAAGGAUUAUGCACCUUCAAUUUUCUUAAGAAUCAGACGAUAAUUUUAGAUAAGCAAUAAAGACUUUUAAAGAUCUGUAGGUCCUGAAAAUCUUAUUGGCAAUUUAGUGUUUGGCAAAUUGGAUUCUUUAACAGAGUUAGGAUCAACUGGUAGAAGUGGGAGUUUUUUCUAUUAUACAUAGGAUUGUCAGUAUAUGAUUAAGACAAUAUCAGAAAACGAAGCCAGAUUACUAAGGAAAAUACUUGCAAGAUAUUAUAAGUAUGUUUAAACCCAUCCUUAUACUCUCUUGAGUAGAAUAUUCGGAUUGCAUCAAUUAAAGAUAUUUAAAAGCAAAACUGAAUUCACUAAGAUUUAUUUAGUUACAAUAGUCAAUAUAUUUCGAUCUGGGCUAGAUAUUGAUGUUCGUUAUGAUAUCAAAGGUAUUAUUGCAAUUAGAUUAAAAGGAUCUCUUUAUGGGAGACAGACUUCAACGAAUCCUAAUGAAAAAGUUUAAGACAACACAAUAGCUUUAAAGGAUCUGGAUCUUUUAUAAAAAAAGGAUUACUUGAAUUUGGAACCACAAGAUUAACAAUUACUGCUCAAGACCAUAGUGGAGGAUUGUUCAUUUUUGAAAGAUAAUGACAUCAUAGAUUACAGUCUAUUGGUUGGAUUUCAUAAAAGAGAUAUCAAUAGGUCGAGCUUAUAUGGUUAGUAGGUUUAGAACAAUUCGCAUCCAUUUGAAAGUUUUGAGGGAGGAAUAUUAUCAAUGGAUAAACAAUGGAUAUAUUUUAUUGGCAUAAUAGAUAUUCUAACUCUGUUCAAUACUAAGAAAUAUUUAGAGUAUGGUUUUAAAUCAACACUUGUAUCCAAUGACAUUUCAUGUGUACCUCCAGCUCGUUAUGCCGAGAGGUUUGCUAAUUUUAUUGCAACCAACUUAAUUUUGUAAAAAAGUAAAUGA